AAAUUUUUUUCAAAUUCAUUCAUGGGAAGAGUUAGAAAUAAGACAGUUAAGAAAGCAGCUAAAGUUCUUAUUGAAAAAUACUACAUGAAACUCACUUCAGAUUUUCAUUUCAAUAAAAAGAUCCUAUCAGAAGUUGGAUAAGUACCAUCAAAAAAAUUGAGAAAUAAAAUUGCUGGAUUUGCAACACAUCUUUUGAAGAGAAUCUAAACAGGAUCAGUUAAGGGUAUCUCACUCAAAGUAAUGGUCACAUUUCAAACAAUAGAUUUAAGAAGAAGAAAGAGAGAGAAGAUUGGAUUAUGUCCCUGAAAAAUCAUCUAUUGAUAUUGACAAUCUUAGAGGAGAUCAAGAUGUUAAAAGAAUGCUUGAAAAAGCUGGUUUGGAAAUUGACAUUCCCAUUGAUGAACCUGUUGUUGAAGAAAAAUAAUAAAAAUAACCAAGAAGAGGAUAAAGAAGAUAAUAAUGAUUGUGAAAGUACAUUUAUUAAAGUAAAAAGCAUAAAAAAAUACAUCUAAUAUUUAAU